AUGACAGUAGAAGCGGGUAAAGAAAGAUACAGCCCCGAAGUGAUUGAGACGGUGUUUCAAAAUUUUUACGCCGACGAUGUGUUAAAGGCCAGCGCAUCGACUGAAGAAGCCAUCAAUGUAGCGAUUGGUCUKAUCAAUUUGCUGAAGGAAGGAGGUUUUCGCCUUACAAAGUUUACAAGUAACAGACGUGAAAUCCUUGCAGCUCUUCCUUCUAAAGAACGAGCCAAGCCAAGCCUGAACUUWGAUCUUGAUCAACUCCCUAUGGAACGUACCCUGGGUAUCUGGUGGGACUCCGAAACUGACUAA